UUUCUCUCCAGUGAUCUGCACAGCAAAAACUAUAAUCCAGUAUUGCCUCUAAAACCUUCGACACGUUUAGAAAAUACUUCCAUCAAUAAACUUGCGUAUGCCGGUGUACACAAGCUGUUUUCUUAAAACUACUUGGUCGUAGUGAAAUUGAAAUUACACACCAGAAAGGAUGGAUCUGCCCUUGGCAAAAGGACGUCGGACCGGGGAAGCAUGGAGUAGACCUAAACGAUUUCUUGCUUCAGUUGUCCGAGAGAGGCGUUUUAUUUGAGCUAUUGAACGAGAUAUUAUAUAAUAUACACAACUCUUUCGGGAAUCACUCCUGUUUUUUUAAUACAUCACGGACACUACUCAUGUGUUUUCUACAGUUUAAUAAAUUCGUUGUGGAUUACCACUCAAGGACAACGUAAAAGAAUAGCAGAAGACGUACGUAUAUCCCAACAGCAGAAGAAUGUAUAUUCCAAAACAGAUAUCGCAAUGCAACUAAAAUCUUUGUGGUUCGGUGUUAACUGUUCUCAGUUAAAAUGAAACAGAUAUAGAAGCUUCCUGGAACCUCUUUCGUGACGUCUAUUUUGCCUCUUUGGAUCUAUGUCUGUAAGCGCUGCCAUUUCUUUUUGUUGUCACUCGAAUUAAAGGUUUUUUGCUGGCGUUCCUUACUACUGAACACUUGGUGUUCGUUCGCCCUGGGCACCGGCGGGCGAGUCCUUCAUUAUACAACGACAGGCGCAAUUUUGGAGCUGCAUACAUCGAUUAUUGCAAUACAAAGGAGCAGUGUGACACAUUUGAAAGGUGCCCUGCCAUGAAGAUACUGUUCUUAUACCUGGCAUUGCUGGCUGCGCCCAUGUCCACCAUGCUGUGCCCCAAACGCUGCACAUGCCAGAACCUACCACCCUCCUACACUGUUCUGUGUGCUAAGACGGGCCUUCUUUUUGUGCCUCCCUCCAUUGACCGACGCACGGCUGAGCUGCGGCUAAUGGAUAAUUUCAUCACCACGCUCCAUCACCGGGACUUUGCUAAUAUGUCCAGCCUCAUACACCUAGCUCUGUCACGCAACACUAUUAGCCAGAUUAAACCCUAUGCCUUCUCUGACUUACAAGAUCUCCAUGCCCUACACCUGGAUGGCAACAGACUAACUGCCGUAGAUGAUACUCACUUCCAGGGUUUAGUCAGCUUGCACCACCUAAUCCUAAGCAACAACCAGCUACAGCACAUUACAGAGGGGGCCUUCCAGGACUUUCUGGAGACCUUGGAGGACCUUGACCUCUCUUAUAACAACUUAGUGCACAUACCCUGGGAGACAGUUGGCUUGCUAGUUAGUGUUAACACCCUCAGCUUUGAUCACAACCUUAUUGACUUUGUACCUGAAGGAAUCUUUUCCAAUCUACAUAAGCUUGCCCGCCUAGACAUGACAUCCAACAAACUGAAGAAGAUCCCACCAGACCCUCUCUUUCUGCGCAUCCCUGUGUAUGCGAAGAUGAAGGGGUCACCACUUACAGCCCUGGUGCUCAGUUUUGGUGGGAACCCACUGCACUGCAACUGUGAGCUGGUGUGGCUCAGGCGACUGACACGUGAGGAUGAUCUAGAAACAUGUGCUACACCCCGUGAACUGGCCGGAAAGUAUUUUUGGACCAUCAGAGAGGAGGAAUUUGUCUGUGAACCACCCAUGAUCACACGACACACUUCUAAAAUGUUUGUCAUGGCAGGCCAGGAGGUAAGCUUACGUUGCAAGUCAGUGGGUGACCCAGAACCCACUAUACACUGGGUAAACCCAGAAGGAAAGCUAAUUGGCAACACCUCACGAACUAUUUCCUAUGACAAUGGUUCCCUGGACAUUUUAGCCACCACCGUGAAAGAUUCCGGAAUCUUCACCUGCAUUGCUUCCAAUGCAGCGGGUGAGGCCACCACCCCUGUAGAGUUAGUGGUCAAUCCUUCACCCCACUUCGACCCCAAACUGCAACCUGAGCUGGGCCCAUCAGAUAUCCCUACCUCUAUCAAGUCCAACACCAGCAGCAGCCAUCCCUGGCCAGACCAACAACUGGUCCGUGUUUCCGAGCUUAGCUCCUCCUCUGCUACCAUCCACUGGCCACCCCAGAGUCACAUCCCAGGCCUGCGAAUGUACCAGAUCCAGUACAACAGCUCCGCAGAUGACAUCCUCAUUUACAGGAUGAUUCCCGCUUCACAUAAGCUCUUCCUGCUGAGCGACCUGGCGUCCGCGCGGGACUAUAAUCUGUGCGUGCUGGCUGUGUACGACGACGGAAUCACCGCCCUGACAGCCACCCGUCUCGUUGGCUGUGCGGCCUUCACCACAGAACAGGAGUAUCGCCAGUGCCGUUCCAUCCACGACCAGUUCCUGGGGGGCACCAUGAUUAUAAUCAUCGGUGGCAUCAUCGUGGCCUCCGUGUUGGUCUUCAUCUUCAUCCUCCUCAUGAAGUACAAGCUCCACAGCAAUCACCACAAACAGAAGGCGGCCAAAGUAAGCAAUGUGUGCUUACAGACCAAUGGGAGCCGCGCUGGGGGGUUCCCACCCUCGUCAUCUUCUGCAAGUUCAGCUACCAAGACCCCUGCAAGAACGACCAGCUCCAGCAGUGAGAGGGUGCCACACGACCCCCUGCAGACAAAAGAGGACUAUGACUGCCCUGUUAAAGGGACUACAGUGGUGGAUAUGAACCUAGAUUACAAGACAGCCGCUGCAGAUGACACUGUCUCACAAUAGCACAGGGACUGACCACUUCCUAUCUCCUGGUGCUCAGGUUCACUUGCCUUACAGAGGAUUUUAUCUUGUUCAAGGUGAGCUUGGUACAAACGUGCACCUAUAACAUCUGUGGUCAUGCGGAUUAACAGGACUGUUUUCACUGACUAAUCGGUGUGAAUUCACACAAUUAUCAGUAAGGUAGCUGUGCUAAAUAAGUGCCUUAUUUGAAUAUCAAAGACCCUACAAUAUUUAGGAUGGUGGAAGCAGUGCUGCCGGUCAGAUUAUGAGGUGGUAAGGUGGUGGUGUUCUGACUUUUGCUUGUUUUUGAGUUACCAAAUUGAACCAGGAUUCUUUUUCACAUUGUUUGUGAAUUGAACAGUCUAUUCGAGUCUGUCAGGUUUUAUCAAAAUUGUGAUUCUCAUAACCCAUGGCCAUGGAUGUGUCUUGAAUGAUGUAAGGCAAAUCAGAGCUGUUCCAGUUUCUUUAUGGCAUAUUCUUCAUAAAAUGCUGACCACUGUUUUUUUUUUCAUAAAACUAUAAAAUAAUUGUCAGAGCCUUUACUCUUAAGAUACUUGUUUAUUAAUAUGAGAGAUAUUGUGAAAUGUUAAACAGGUUGGACACAUAAUAGAUUAAAACCAAUAUAAAUAUAUUUCUCUUGCCAUUAUCUUAUUCGUUGAUCAGUGUCUGUGUAAUGAUUUUACUGCACUGAAAUGAGUCACAUGCAGAGUGGGCUAAAGUAAAUAAUCUCUUGCCGUACUCGACUCACGCCCAAAAUACACACGUUAAAGUCUGAGUUUCUAUUGUUUAUUUGAUGUAGAUGCUGUUAAGUCCUGUCAGGUCUAAAACUUUGGAAAAUUUGUAAUAAGAUGAUGAAAGAGGCAAACGGACAGGCUUGCUAUUAGAGAUGGUCAAAGAAUGGAUUGUCUGGUACAUACUUUACAAGAGACAAGCAGAGUAAUUUCAGUACUUUGAAAGUGAGCUAUAACCUCUCUCAACUGCCAGAACUGGGUAAAAGCCAGGAAGACAUCACUGCAGUUCUUUGUAAUUGGAGAGAAUUUGUAUGUACUUUCAAAGAUAUGGUUUGCAUUUAUGUAAAUAAAAUAUAGUCAAAUUUCAAUGUAGUUAAGAGCACAGUUUAAUUGCAUGAGACCCUCUUUUAUUUUUAAUUUUUGUAAGAAUAUAAGAAUUGUAAGACUGAUUUACAAUUACAGAUGUCUAAUUUUUAA